AUGGGAGUUUUAGAGAAAAUCAAAGAAAUUGAAGCUGAAAUGGCCCGAACCCAAAAAAAUAAAGCAACAGAAUAUCAUUUAGGGCAACUAAAAGCAAAAUUAGCAAAGUAUAGAUCACAAUUACUAGAAGCUCCAAAGACUGGUAAAAAAGGGGAAGGUUUUGAUGUACAAAGGCAAGGUGAUGCAAGAAUAUGCUUAAUAGGGUUUCCAUCUGUUGGUAAAUCGACAUUGUUAUCAAAAAUCACCAGCACUACAUCAGAAGUGGCAGACUAUGAAUUUACUACAUUAACUUGUAAACCCGGAAUAGUAAAUUAUAAAGAUUCUAAAAUUCAAUUGCUAGAUUUACCUGGAAUUAUUCAAGGUGCUUCAGAAGGUCGUGGUAGAGGAAGACAAGUUAUAGCUGUAGCAAAAUCGUGUGAUAUGAUUUUGAUGAUAUUAGAUGCAACUAGAGAUAAUAGUCAAAAAUUAAAAUUAGAAAAUGAACUAAAAUCAGUUGGAAUAAGAAUAAAUGAAGAACCUCCAAGAAUUACAUUGACUAGAAAAAAAGUUGGUGGCAUUGUUAUAAAUAGUACUGUCCCAUUAACUAAAAUGGAUAACAAGCUUAUAAUGACUAUACUUCAUCAAUAUAAAAUUCACAAUUGUAAUUUGUUAUUUAAUGAAGAUGCUAGUGUAGAUGAUCUUAUUGAUGUUAUAGAAGGAAAUAGAAAGUACAUAAAAUGUAUUUAUAUUUAUAAUAAAAUAGACAUGUUACCUUUGAAAGAAAUUAAUUCCAUUGCCUCUAAUGAUAAUACCAUAGUUAUAAGUAGUAGCAAAUCAUGGAAUUUAGAUGUUUUAAAGGAAUAUAUAUUUCAAAAAUUAGAAAUUAUUAGAGUAUAUACAAAACUUCGUAAAGAAAAACCUGAUUUCAGUAAUCCUAUUACAUUAACUAGGCAAAGAGGAAGCCAAACAGUGGAAGCUGUUCUUAACCAAAUUCAUAAAGAUUUUAAAUUUGCAUUAGUAUGGGGGAGAAGUACUAAACAUAAUCCUCAAAGAGUUGACUUACAUCACAAAUUAGCUGAUGAAGAUGUUGUUCAAAUAGCUAAAAAUAGCUGA